CUGGAGUCUCAAUGUACGAAGUAUAAAUAACGCCAACCAACCCCAUUUUCAACAUCUCAGCCCUAAAUCGUUUACAACAAUCGACUCAAUAAUCAUACCCUAUCGUCUUCUUCAUCCAAUAUCUCUGUGCAAAAAUGUCUGGCCGCGGAAAGGGAGGCAAAGGUUUGGGCAAGGGAGGCGCCAAGCGCCACAGGAAGGUUCUCCGAGACAACAUCCAGGGCAUCACGAAGCCGGCCAUCCGCCGCCUUGCCCGCAGAGGCGGCGUGAAGCGGAUCUCCGGUCUGAUCUAUGAGGAGACCAGAGGCGUCCUCAAGAUCUUCCUAGAGAAUGUGAUUAGAGAUGCGGUGACCUACACCGAGCACGCUAGGAGGAAGACUGUGACGGCGAUGGAUGUCGUGUACGCGCUGAAGAGGCAGGGAAGGACUCUCUAUGGGUUCGGUGGAUAGAGAUUUACUGAACAUUGCUAGACGAUUCUUCGUUGGGGAUUUGGUCUAUUUCUCUGUUUGGUUGUAUUUUACUUUUUGGUGAACUUAGAACGUGUUGAUUUUGUAAGUUCUAACCGGAAUUCGGAAUUAGAUGUGCAGUUGUUUCUGCAAUUUUUUGCUUUAGUCCUUCCGUUAUUCAGUGAUGCCAUUUGCAGUAAAGCUUGUUUUUGCCUACUCCAGUUUCAUGCUUAUGAUUUAUCAACUAACUUCAGUAAAUUAAGAAAUUCUUCAAAUUCAGUUGAUUUAAG